CAAAAAACAGUUGCUAUCAUCGCUUUGAGUACGACUUAUAGAACAAUGAGUACUUGUGACUUAUCCUUACCCAUUCUCAAAACGAGGCAUACUGCUCGGAUUGUUAUCAUUGGAUCGGGUCCUGCGGGCGUUGCUGCUGCCACUCGACUCCUCGAGCAGGGAUUUCAGAAUGUGCGCAUUUUGGAGGCGGAGAAUCGCAUUGGAGGACGCAUUAAUACCAUUCCCUUUGGGGAUAAUGUCGUCGAUCUGGGUGCACAGUGGUGUCAUGGUGAGACUGGGAAUGUUGUCUACGAGAAGGUUAAGGAUUUGAAUGUUGUAGAGAGGACGGGCGAUAUUGACAGCUCCGUGAAAUUCAUUAGAUCCAAUAAGCAACUGCUUUCCGAAGAAUUGACUAAAACUUUAAUGCCGCUUGCCGAAGACUCGAUGCCGGAUGAAUCCGAGGAAUUUGAGGGUUCCCUGGGCGACUAUGUGACCAACAAGUUCUGGCAGGCGGUAGGCAAGUUACCAAAUGUCGAUCGCAAGAUUGCCACGGAACUGUUUGAUCAGUUCAAGAAGAGUGAAUGCAGCUACGAAGGAUCAGAUACUCUGUUCGAAGUGUCGGGAAAAGGUGACUAUGAGGAUUGCAAAGGCGACAUGUUGGUUCAUUGGCGAGACAACGGAUACAAAACUUUUCUGCGAUUGCUGAUGAAUUCCAAACAGGAUCAGCCCGAGGAUCUGGGAGUUCUCAAUGGGCAUGUGGAGCUCAACAAGCGCAUAUCUCAGAUUAACUGGGAGGGAGCCGGAGAGCUGAGGCUGCGUUGUUGGAAUGGAGAGCUCCUCACUGCGGAUCAUGUCAUCUGCACUGUGUCCUUGGGAGUAUUGAAGGAGCAGCAUGCAAGUCUCUUUGUACCUCCUCUUCCUGCGGCCAAGUUACGAGCUAUCAAUGGACUCAAGCUGGGCACCGUCAACAAGUUCUUCUUGGAGUACACAGCUCCUCCCAUGCCCAAGGAUUGGCCUUACUUUAAUUUUCUCUGGUUAGAGAAAGAUCUGUUAGAAUUACGCGGUUCCAAGCGCUUUUGGUUAGAAAGUGUUACGGGAUUUCAUAUUGUCAUGAGUCAGCCUCGUCUCUUGGAGGGUUGGAUCAAUGGAGAACAUGCUCGCUACAUGGAAACUCUAACAGAAGAGGAAGUUCUCGAGGGCUUGGAGUGGCUUUUCCGGAAGUUCCUGCCCUUCGAUGUGCCACAUCCUCAGCGUUUCCUUCGCACGCAAUGGCAUUCAAAUCCGAACUUCCGUGGCAGCUACAGCUUCCGCACCCCGCUGGCAGAUGAGCUACGCACUGGACCCUGGGACUUGGAGGCGCCUCUUGUUGAUGUCUGUGGCAAGCCAAGAUUAAUGUUCGCUGGCGAAGCUUCCAGCAAGACGCACUUCUCGACUGUCCACGGGGCAACGGAAACUGGCUGGCGUGAAGCGGAUCGCCUCAACGAAUACUACAGCAGAAGCACGAAAUCUUCGCAAAUUUGAAUUGUGAAUGAAAAGCAAACCCGCUUACACUUACUAGAUCCCUUACAAAUUUGUAAAUUAUUGGCAAAACUGUGAUUAAAAUUUCAAGUAGAAAAUAAAGCGAUUAACAGAAAUCGGAA